AUGACGACAGACUUGGCCGAGGCCAUACAAGGUCUCCGCCUCGACGAGAAAGACGUCAAUAUCGACGACAUUCUAUUUGAGCAACGUCCCCGAAAGCGUGUGAGGCAGCAGUCGUCAGAGCUCAAAAGCAAUCUGGAGAAGGACUUCCUCUCGCCAUCCACCUCCUUCUCCAAUGACUGGCUCAACCGGCUCCAGCAGCUUGCUCCGCCGCAGACUCGCACCGUGACCCGGUUCCAGCGUCACGGCCUCGAGGGCAGGGUCACCGGCUACAAGAACGUCACAGUCCCUGCCAACAGUGCCACGGCCAAGAACUCGACCUCGUUCUCCCGGAAACCCGCCAGCAGGGCCGAGUUCGUGCGCGGUGCCGCUGGCUUCUUUCCCUUUGCGCCCGGCGGCCUCGAGGGCGUCGAGUCGGCCGCAGCGCUCGAGGACCAGCUGCACCGCACGAGCGGCGUCGACGCCGGGUCCUCGAACAAGCUCGAGAGGGUCAUCAAGCUCGGUGUCGACGGCAGCCUUCUCGAGGUUGCCCCCGGUCUCAGCCGCGGUAUCAACUUUUCCAGCAAGAAGAAUGACCAGGACGAGGCCAAGGCUGUCGAGCAGGAGCUCGACGAGGAGCCUGAGCAGGCGCCUGACGCGCAGAAUGAAGAGACGGCCGCCAGGGCCGAUGGAGACGACGCUCACACUCCUGAGGAGGACGACAGCGAAGACAUCGAUGCCAUCUUGCCGGUCGAGUUUCCUGCACUCGAACCACACGGCACACUCGCGGCGUCCAGCGCGCGAAAGGCUGGACGCGAAUGGGCGCACAUGGUCGAUAUCAACAGGGAUAUAACCAAUUUUAGAGAACUGGUGCCGGACAUGGCGAGAGACUGGCCGUUUGAGCUUGACACGUUCCAAAAGGAGGCCAUCUACCACCUCGAGAAUGGUGACUCUGUCUUCGUGGCGGCCCACACGUCGGCAGGCAAGACGGUGGUUGCCGAGUACGCCAUAGCCUUGGCUGCUCGGCACAUGACCAAGGCCAUCUACACUUCGCCCAUCAAAGCGUUGAGUAACCAGAAAUUCCGUGACUUCCGGCAGGAAUUCGACGAGGUUGGUAUUCUCACGGGCGAUGUUCAGAUUAACCCUGAAGCCAGCUGUCUCAUCAUGACGACUGAGAUUCUUCGCUCCAUGCUGUACCGUGGCGCUGAUCUCAUCCGAGACGUCGAGUUUGUCAUUUUCGACGAAGUCCACUAUGUCAACGAUCUCGAACGUGGCGUCGUGUGGGAGGAAGUCAUCAUCAUGCUCCCGGAACAUGUGUCCCUCAUCUUGCUGUCAGCUACUGUUCCCAACACGCACGAGUUUGCCUCUUGGGUGGGCCGAACGAAGCAGAAGGAUAUCUAUGUCAUCUCUACACCGAAACGGCCAGUACCCCUGGAACACUAUUUAUGGGCCGGCAAAGACAUCCACAAGAUCGUCACGGCCGACAAAAAGUUCAGCGAAAAGGGCUGGAAGGACGCCAAUGCUGCUCUGCAAGGCAAGGAGAAGCCCAAGCAGAUCGAGAGCAGCGGCAACGCUCGCGGCGGUGGUCCGCCAAGAGGAGGACAGCGAGGAGGUCAGCGCGGCGGGCCUCAACGCGGCGGCCAGAGGGGCGGCGGCGGUCAGCGAGGCGGAGGCGGCGGUCAGCAGAGAGGUCGCGGUGGUCCUCCCCGUGCGAGCCAUGCACCAGGGCACAUGGGCCGUGGUGGACGAAGUGGAUUCGCAUCUGCCGCUCAAGACAAGAACAUCUGGGUUCACCUCGUCCAGUUCCUCAAGAAGAACACGCUGCUGCCCGCUUGUAUCUUCGUCUUCUCAAAGAAGCGGUGCGAGCAGAAUGCUGAUGCGCUCAGCAACCAGGAUUUCUGUACAGCAUCCGAGAAAAGUGCCAUCCACAUGACGAUCGAGAAGUCAGUUGCUCGGCUGAAGCCGGAGGAUCGUCAACUACCACAAAUCAUCCGGCUUCGUGAGCUUCUAUCUCGUGGCAUCGCUGUCCAUCAUGGUGGUCUGCUUCCCAUUGUUAAGGAGGUUGUCGAGAUUCUGUUCGCUCAGACCCUGGUCAAGGUUCUCUUCGCCACGGAGACUUUUGCCAUGGGUCUCAACUUGCCUACGAGGACUGUCGUCUUCUCCGGCUACCGCAAGCACGAUGGACACUCGUUCCGCAAUCUCCUCCCCGGCGAGUACACGCAGAUGGCCGGUCGAGCUGGACGCCGAGGUCUCGACCCCGUCGGCUCGGUUAUCAUUGUGCCGCCGGGAGCCUCCGACGAGGUACCUCCCGUGGUUGAGCUACAGAAGAUGAUUCUGGGUGAGGCGUCUAAGCUGCGCUCUCAAUUCCGUCUAACUUAUAACAUGAUACUCAACCUGCUGCGAGUGGAGGCCCUCAAGAUCGAGGAGAUGAUCAAACGCAGUUUCUCGGAACACGCGACGCAGCAGUUGCUUCCCGAGCACGAGAAGGCAGUCAAGGUCUCUGAGGCCGACUUGGCGAAGGUCAAGCGUGAUUCUUGUGACACUUGUGACAAGGAUAAGGUCAUGGACGUGUGCCAUCAGGCAUCCCAGGACUUCAAAGAGCUCACCACAAGUCUUUACUCCGCACUGGUCAAGCUGCCUAUUGGUCGCAAGAUGUUUAGCCAGGCACGCCUGAUCGUCUACAACAAGGAUGGUGUUCGCACCCCGGGCAUCCUCCUUGCCGACGGUGCAAGUGUUAAGGGCUCCUCCAGUGGCGCAACACUUCACGUCUGUGAGCUCCGAACACUCCGCGAGACUCGCGACUCGACAGACCUGCUGCCCUUCAUCCCGGCCUUCCGCAAAUACCUCACUCCUCUUCCACAGCACAAGAAGCAGAUACAGGUCAAGACUCUUCACGUUCCUAUUGCUGACGUGGAGUGUCUGACUCGUUACACCACCAAGGGCAUCGUGCCCGAUAUCUUCCAGGGAGGUGAAGAGAAUCUUGCACUCCAGGAGAUCAUCGAGAAGCGUCAGGAGGCUGUUCGCACUGCUUCCCAUUCGCCUGCGCUGGAGUGCGAUAACUUUGUCAAGCACUUCGCCAUGUGUCACGACCAGUGGCUUAUCAAGGACCACAUCGCCCAGUUGCAGCUGUCGCUGUCCAACCAGAACCUUCAGCUGCUUCCCGACUACGAGCAGCGCGUCCUCGUCCUCAAGGAGCUGCAGUUCAUUGACGACAGCGCUCGCAUCCUGCUGAAGGGCAAGGUGGCUUGUGAAAUUCAUUCGGGCGAUGAAUUGGUGCUCACGGAGCUCAUCCUUGACAACGUGCUCGCGGACUACGAGCCGGCCGAAAUCGCCGCGCUCCUUUCGGCGUUUGUGUUCCAGGAGAAGACGGACAGCGAGCCGACGUUGACGGGCAACCUAGAGAGGGGCAAGCAGACCAUCAUCGACAUUAGCGAGAAGAUCAACAACGUCCAGACGAUCCAUCAGGUCAUCCAGUCGACGGACGACUCGAACGAUUUUACGUCACGGCCGCGUUUCGGCCUAAUGGAGGUUGUGUAUGAGUGGGCCCGUGGCAUGAGCUUCAAGAACAUCACCGACCUGACCGAUGUGCUCGAAGGCACGAUUGUCAGGACCAUCACCCGGCUUGACGAGACGUGCCGCGAGGUCAAGAACGCGGCUAGGAUCAUUGGCGACCCUGAGCUCUACCAGAAGAUGCAGGCGGCGCAGGAGAUGAUCAAGCGAGACAUUACGGCCGUGGCAAGUCUUUACAUGUAG